UUUGUGUUUUUAUUUAUGUGUAUUAUUAUAUAACAUAACAGGUUUCAUUGUGAGACUGAAACUUGCUGCCUUAGAACUCCUGUUCUGUCUUCUUUUAGCUACCAAAUGAAUUCAUCCAUUGGGGAGAAUGUCACUACAGUGGACUGGCAAGCUGCGAUGGUGACGGGUUACCUCAUCAACGUCAUGGUUGCCUUCCCCACCAACUGCUAUGUUGUGUUUCUGAUUCUGAGCCAUCCAAACAAAGACCUGUCGACAGAUUUCUUCAUUUUGAACCUUUCCACCUUGGAAAUAUUAAACUGCCUGUCCGAAUUUGUAAAUUUGAUAUCACUAUAUGUGCAUGUCACCGCCGCAAAGCUCUUGCGAGAUCUGAGCUUUGGCAUGGUUCACACCACCCGUCUGCUCUUUCAGUGCUGCAUCUGUGUUGAGGUGUACCUGGGGGUGGUCCGGCCUGUGACCUUCCACCAGGUCAAAGGUCUCAAGUAUCGGGUCGGAAUGUCUGCUGUGGUCUGGCUAACUGGCUUGUGCACGUCCAUCUUAUUUUACCUCUGCAAUCAUUGGGUCGGGCUUCCAUAUGUCUAUCUUACUGAAUACCUGAUGCUGCUUUCCCUCAAGCUGUUCUGUUGCAGCUCUGUGAUCAGGACGCUUCGAAAGCCUCGCCCGGGAGAGGCCACCGCCGCAGCAAAAUCCACCCAGAGGAAAGACAUCAGGAGAAGAGCGUGGCACACCGUCUCCAUCAUACUCGCGUCCAUCACUCUCAACUACGGCAUAAACAUCAUCCUAUCUUUAUCCGCCUAUUUUCUUUCUUACGAUGCUUUGUACAUUUUAUAUAUCACGUCCUCCUUUGUAGGCGUCGCUAAUGGGGUGGUUUUGCCCCUUAUAUAUGCUUCGAAGGUUGGCAGAUGGACCGUUGCUAAGGACUGCUUGGUGAACUGCCUUGCCCUUGGUUCUGGAAUGUAGCACAAGGGGUUGCAAAAUGAGUUGGGUGUAUUGAUUUUUACUUCACAAAUGUUUGUUGGGGCCCCCUGCUUGAGCUGCUGCCCCCGUGACCCGUCCCCGGAUAUGCGGUUUGACGAUGAGGAUGAGGAUUGUUCGUUGGGAAUUUGUCCCACGGCAGUUAGAUAAUUACAAAUCGUAGAGCUGAAUGGGACUGGAGCUGAAUUACAUUUGUACGUAAAAGAAAAUGUAUGCAUGAAGCUGAAUUUCAUUUAGAAUUUGAAGCCAAGAAACAAAAAAAAAAUCCAGUGUACCAUCCUACCCCACAUCGUGUGACAUUUUACAUUCUGACUGAGCAAUGUGUCAGAUUGCCUAUUUAAAUACCUUUUAUCUCUGUAAACUCUGCACUCUGAAAUAAUGAAAUUAA